GCUCCCCACCCCACCCCACCCCACCCAUGGCGGCCUCCCGCUCCGCCAAGCGCCCCAAGAUCGCCCCCUCCUCCUCCGCCGCCGCGCCCCUGCGAGGGGACGACGACUACGUGCCGGGCAACAUCGUCGAGAUCGAGCUCUGCAACUUCAUGACCUACGACCGCCUCGUCUGCCGCCCCGGCCCGCGCCUCAACCUCGUCGUCGGCCCCAACGGCUCCGGCAAGAGCUCCCUCGUCUGCGCCAUCGCCCUCGCCCUCGCCGCCGACCCGGCCAUCCUCGGCCGGGCCGCCAGCGUCAAGGCCUUCGUCAAGAGGGGGGAGGACUCCGGCCACGUCAAGCUCACCCUCCGCGGGGACACCCCCGACCACAACAUCUGCAUCACCAGGAAGAUCGACAGCGAUAACAAGUCUGAAUGGCUGCUCGACGGUGCAUCUGUCCCCAAAAAGGAAGUCAUUGACGUUAUCAAGAAAUUCAAUAUCCAAGUCAACAACUUAACCCAGUUCUUGCCGCAAGAUCGGGUCUGCGAAUUUGCAAAGCUCAGUCCUAUCCAGCUCCUAGAAGAGACCGAGAAGGCCGUCGGUGAUCCUCAAUUACCUAUUCAGCAUCGCCAGCUUAUACAAAGGAGCAGAGAGUUGAGGGAUCUAGAAGUGACUGUAAAGUCAAAGGAGCACACCUUGAAUAAUCUAAAGGCCCUCAACGCCGAACAAGAAAAGGACGUCGAACGUGUCCGGCAAAGAGAUAAACUGCUGAAAAAGGCUGAGGUAAUGAAGAAGAAAUUGCCAUGGCUGAAAUACGACAUGAAGAAGAGGGAAUUCAUACAAGUACAGGAGGAGGAGAAGAGUAAGAAGAAGAUAAUGGAAGAAGCAGCCAAAAUCUGGGAGGAUGCAAAAGCCCCUAUUGAAGGGCUCAAGAAAGAGAAAACUACUCAUGUUUCAAGUACAAAGAAGAUAACCAAUCAGAUAAAUCAAAAUGCGAGCAAGCGUCGGGAAAUUACCGAGGAGGAGCUAAAGCUGGCUACACGAUUGAAAACCACGUUUGAUAGCAUAGAAGAGCUGAAAAGGCAAGAAAAAUCUCGGCAACAAAGGAUGUCGAAGGCUAAGGAAGAUCUUGCUGCAGCUGAAAGGGAAUUUCAAGAUGUACAACCAUACGAACCACCUAGAGCCGAAAUGGCACAACUAACAGAGCAAAUUGCCACACUAAGUUGUGAAAUAAACGAACUCAAAUUGAGACGAAAGGCCAAGGAGUCUCAGUUAGGUCAACAGAAGGAAAUUCUCAGAAAAUGUUCUGAUAGGUUGAAGCAAAUGGAAACUAAGACCAAUAAGUUACUCCAAGCAUUGAGAAAUAUUGGUGCUGAGAGAAUCAAUGAAGCAUACAACUGGGUGCAAGAUAACAAAAAUGUGUUCAGGGGAGAAGUCUAUGGGCCUGUUCUCCUUGAGAUUAAUGUUCAGAAUAAGACUCAUGCUUCUUACUUGGAAAACCAUGUUCCGAACUAUGUAUGGAAGUCAUUUGUUACUCAGGAUGCUUCCGACCGUGACCUCUUGGUUAGACAACUGAAGCAAUAUAAUAUUCCUGUUCUGAACUACACAGGGGACAACAGUAUCAUGAGUAGGCCAUUUGAGAUAACCCCGGAGAUGAAGCAACUUGGUAUCAAAUCACGACUUGAUCAAGAAUUCGAUGCUCCUCCUGCUGUGAAAAAUGUUUUGAUUACUCAGGCUUCAGUGGAUAAUUCAUAUAUAGGUACAGACCAAGCAGAUAAAAGAGCAGAUGAGGUGGCAGAUCUAGGUGUUCUUGACCUGUGGACUCCAAGUAACCAUUAUCGCUGGUCCAAGUCAAGAUAUGGCGGUCAUUUGUCAGGAUCUGUAGAUCCAGUGUACCCUUCUCGUCUUUUCAUGUGCCACUUGGAUGUUAGUGACAUUGAAAGACUUCGAUCUGAAAAUGAUGACCAUAUGAAAAUUGUUGAAGGCAUGGAGGAAGACCUAAAGAAGCUUCACAAAAAUCAGAGGGAACUAGAAGACAAAGAGGCAACAAUCCGCAAGCAAAAGGAAGGGAUUAUUGACAUGAUGAGGUCCCAAAAGAAGAGACGAGAAGAAAUGCAAAGGCGUGUCGAUAUUAGAAGAAGGACUCUGGAGGACAUAUAUAAAGAGGAAGAUGUGGAAUUUAGCACAAGAAAGCUUAUUGAUCAGCUGGCAAAUUUAAAUGAUAAUCGGUUUCGAGCAGUGAUAAAACUCAAGAAUUUGCUUGUUGAAGCUGUUGCUCUCAGAUAUUCUUCUACAGAAAAGAACAUGGCUUCUAUUGAGCUUGAUAUAAAGAUAUCGGAAAUGGAAAAGGAUGUCAAGAAACAUGAAAAGGAUGCUCUUCAAGCUGCCAGAGAAUAUGAAAUCCGUAAACAAAUCACUCAAGAGCAUAGACAUCAGCUGCUUAAAGCAAAACAGCAUGCAGAGUCAAUAUCUAUGAUCACGGAAGAGCUUGCGGCAAUGUUUCUUAAGAUGCCUACUACCAUAGAAGAACUGGAAGGUGCAAUACAAGAUACUGAAUCUGAAGCAAAUUCUAUGCUGUUUCUUAACCAAAAUGUUCUGCAGGAGUAUCAAAACCGCCAACGUGAGAUAGAAUCAAUAUUAACAAAACUAGAAGACGAUAAAGUAGAUUUUGAGAGAUGCCACUCGGACAUAGAAACCACAAAGGGUAAGUGGCUCCCAACUUUGCGGAGUCUUGUUUCAAAAAUAAAUGACACCUUUAGUCGCAACUUUCAAGAAAUGGCUGUUGCUGGAGAAGUUUCACUCGAUGAGCAUGGUCUUGAUUUUAGUCAAUAUGGUAUUCUUAUAAAGGUGAAGUUUAGGAACAACCAUCCCUAGUUUUGAAAACCAGACCGGACCAGCGGUUGAACCGGAAAAAACCAGAACCGGCAGCUUUCGCGGUCUGUUAAGCGCACUGGACCGGACGGGCCACCGGAAUGGUAAAAACAAACUGAACCGGGCGGUUUUGUGGAAAACCGGUGAACCGGCCGGUUUGGCUUGGGCCGCCCUGUUUGACUCCUGUUCGGAAGAUACCAAGGGUUCGUAGAGAGAGAGCAAGAGAUGGUGACGGCCAACGGGCCAGACCGCCAGGAAAGAGACAGGAGGAGGAGAUGCGGCGCCGGCCGGAAAGAGAGAGAGGAGGAGAUGGCGGCGGCGGCCGGGAAAGAGAGAGAGGAGAUGGCGCCGCCCAGAGAGAGAGAGAGAGACGGAGAAAGAGAUCAAUCAAGAGAGAGACGGAGAAAGAGAUCAAUCAACUGGCGGCUAGGGUUAUGUACGAUGUAUCGUGGCUGGCCCAGUGGAUGCAUAUUGGGCUUGGACUAAAACUUAAAUGGGAGCACUUGCUUGCAUACGUGAGCCUGGGCUGACUUGGGCCGACUUGGGCCUGGUAUGUUUAUAUCUUAAAAACCAAACCGGUUCAACCGGUGAACCGGCGGUUCGACCGGAAAAACCUGAACCGAGAGCCUCGCCGGUUAGGUUGCCGGUCCGGUUUUCAAAACUAGGCAACCAUCUGAACAGCUUUGCACGACCAAGUCUCCACUUUCUUGCAUUUAGUGUUUCAUCUGGCCUCAGUCAGGAACUCUGGAACAACCAUCAGAACAGCUCGUGGUGUUCAGAGUUGUCUUCUACGCAAUGUCUUUUGCCAUUGUGUUCUUUUGUUUUAUGAUCACCUUUCUAGUGUGUUUUGUAACACCGGAGGUCUUAGUAAUUUGCUUAGUGGAGCCAACCUGUGGCCUUUUAUCUUAUGGUACUAGUGCAUGCCUUUUGUACCACAAUGAAGUAGGGUAGAAUAGAAGCAAUUCAGUACACAAAAAAAAAGCAAACUGUAUGUAUACAGUGAAGAAAAUGAUCUAUGUCUUCCUUUCUUUCUUUCCCUAUGUUGGUCAUUAGAGGUCUCUUUAGUCUUGACUUUUCUCUCCCCUAUCUUUUUUUUCUUAAUGCAGAUUUGCUCUUGUUUUACUGUUAAAUAAAUAAGUAAUUUCGUUAGCAGUUUUCGAUAGAAAUUAUGUUGUUCCGGUCACUAUGGUUCAGUUGAGUUAAAAUCUUAUACUCAUGAUUACCCGGAAAAAAGAACUUUAUAGCCAUGAUGAUUGAGUCUUAAUCUUAAGUUAAAUAAAAGACAACGAUUCUGUGAGUAAGAACCACUUGAUGAACAUUUGUUGAAUCAGUGUAAUGACUCACAACAUGGAGAGAAAGUUGUAACACAAAAGAAUCUGAAAUUUAUGGAGCUCAACCAUGCAUGUUUCGGUUGGACCUUAUUUUGUGGCACUAUUUUCUUUCUUGUAA